CCCCCCCACUAUUUCAGCACCUUUUCAGUGGCAUAAGGCUUACAACCAACCCCGCCAUGACGACAGCUGGGUUACACAACCGUGCCCCACUACUACUCGAGCCCCAAGGUUCCAUGUUGGGCCGUUGCCAUUCCCUUCUCCAACCCAUCCUUCUCGCAACAAAUAAACCACCCAACCUCAACCGAGACCUCAUCUUCCAACAUCACGCCAUCACCAACACCCUCGAAAAUGGAACCACCUCCACCACCACCGCCCUCCUCCUCGACCUCCACUCCAACACCAUCCCCCUUCCCCCACCUAACCAUCCUCACCCCCUCCAAAACCCACCCCUUCGAACCCCCCAAAAAGAAAAUCACCACCGGCGCCGACCUCCCACACUUCCUCUCCUCGCUCGCCUACCGCGACCUCGGCAUCUUCAUCCUGCAACUCAACCACGCCAUGUGCCCACGCAAGCCCUCCCCCUCCUCCACCUCCACCACCACCACACCCACCAGUACCAGCUCCCAAAUCCGCACCUUCCCCCUCGACGCCCGCCCCGCCGGCGAACCCACCCUCGUCACCCGCCUGCGCGCCGUCCUGCAAGAGCUCGAGCGCAUGAUCGACGACGCGCCGCCGGAAAAAGGCCCGCGGCGCUUCGGCAACAUCAGUUUUCGGCGGUGGCACGCGCUGCUGCGGGAGCGGGUGGACUUGCUGCUGGGCGGGUGCUUGCUGAUGCUACCCGGUGGGGUGUGGGAGGAGUGGGGGCCGGGUGGUGGUGGUGCGUUGGAGGAGGUGAGGGCGUAUUUUGUGGGGGGGUUUGGUAGUGAGCAGAGGUUGGAUUAUGGGACGGGGCAUGAGUUGAGUUUUUUGGCGUUUUUGGGGGCGUUGUGGAAGUUGGGGCUUUUUUUUGAAGGGGGGGUGGAGGGGCAGGGGGUGGGGGAUGGGGAGGUGGAGAGGCAUUUGGUGUUGGGGGUUUUUGAGAGGUACCUCCAGGUCGUGAGGCGGUUGAUCCUGACGUAUAACCUCGAGCCUGCUGGGUCGCAUGGUGUAUGGGGCCUCGACGACCACUCUUUUCUGCCAUACAUCUUCGGGUCGGCGCAGCUUACACGCCCUAUUACCGAGGCCGAGCCCAUGCCGCUGGAAGGCUCCGUCCCUGGCGCACCGCGGCCCUCAGACGUCGCCAAACCCUCCACGGUCGACCUCCACCGCGAGUCGAACAUGUACUUCUCGGCCAUUGGAUUUAUCAACGACGUCAAGACGGGCCCUUUCUGGGAACACAGCCCGAUCCUGUUCGAUAUCUCGGGCAUCAAGGACGGCUGGGGCAAGAUCAACAAGGGCAUGAUUAAGAUGUUCAACGCCGAAGUGCUCUCCAAGUUCCCGGUUGUUCAGCACUUCCAGUUCGGGUCGCUAUUCUCGUGGGAUGCCGAUCCAGAGGCUGCUGUGCCGGCACAGACGGCACACUUGGCAAACCAGCCGAGUAAUGUCAAACCCGCCCCCGCCGGGAGCGGACCGGGGACUGCUGCCCCCUGGGCGCAAGCCACCAAGAUGCCCGGUGCUGCCGCGGGUGUCCCACCAGGACCUGGGAUUCCCUACUCGAGGGCGCCGUGGACCGGCGGAGGAAGUUCGGCGCCGACGAUGCCGAGAGGGGGUGCCCCGGAUACUGGGCCGCCUCCGCCGACGGCCUUUCCACGGGGCAAACUGGGGACAGCGAGCAACCAGUUUGCCGUGACCAAGGCACCAUGGGCGAAGGAUUAGCUUGCGGUUGUUACCUAUCAUGUAAUCUGCGAAGGAUUGUCUUUGGGCGAAAAAGGAUAUGAUACCCAGUCAAAAGAAACUGUUUACUCAUUAG